AUGGCUUGCGUGAAAGUGCUCCUGGCUCUGCUGGUGGGGACACACCUGUCCGUGGUCUCUGGACUGGUCCUUCCCUUUGAGGGACGGGAGAAGAGGGACAGUCUGUGUCCCCCGGGAAAAUACGUCCACCCCCAGAACAGCUCCAUCUGCUGCACCAUGUGCCACAAAGGAACCUACUUGUUCAGGGACUGCCCGCGGCCGGGGAUAGAAACCGAAUGCCGGGUGUGUGAGAAGGGCAGCUUCACGGCCUUCGAGAACCACCAGCGGGAGUGCCACGGCUGCUCCAAGUGUCGACCAGAGCUGAACCAGGUGGAGCUUUCUCCCUGCGCCGUGGACCGCGACACGGUGUGUGGCUGCGGCAGGAACCAGUUCCGGCAUUACCUGGGCGCGAAGCCGUUCGAGUGCCGGGCCUGCAGCCUCUGCCUCAACGGCACCGUGCUCUUCCCGUGUCAGGAGAGCCAGGACACCGUGUGCAGCUGCCACGCGGGCUUCUUCCCAAGAAAGAGCGCGUGCGUGCCCUGCAGCCACUGCAAAGAACGCCACGAAUGCACCAAGUUGUGUCUGCCACCCUCUCAGGAAACUGUGAGCAGCCAUCAGGACUCAGGGGCUACCGUGCUGCUGCCCCUCGUCAUCUUCCUGGCUCUUUGCCUGGUGGGCUUCCUCUUCCUGGCUUUGUUGUGUCGUCGGCCGCGGUGGAAAUCCAAAUUCCACUCCAUUGUGUGUGGGACACCGGUGCCCGUGAAAGAGGGGGAACUGGAAGGAAUGAACACCAAGUCUCCAGCCUCGGCCCCCGCUGUCUGCGUCACCCCAAACUUCAGUCCUCCCUCGGUCCCCACCUUCCCCCCCAGUGACGGGUCCUGGGCUGGGUGGCCCCCUAACGAGGGGGCCCCGCCCCAUGUGAGGGCCGAACUCCUCUUGCCCUCCCUGCCCCUCCAGGCCACGCCCCUCCAGGCCACGCCCACACAGACCACGCCCCUACAAAGCACACCCGCACAGGCCACGCCCCUCCAGGCCACGCCCCUCCCGGCGGCGGCUGCCAGGCGAGGAGACCCGGACGACACUAACGGGGGCCCCGCCGGGGGGCGCCCGCUGGUGUAA